CAUCCCCGGAACCGCCUCGGCGGGGGCAGAGCGGCGGCGGGGAUCGAUAUCUCGGCGCUCGGCAGACAUCAGCAGCCAUGGCGCUAAACGGAGUGAGGGUGUUGGAGCUGGCCGGCUUGGCGCCGGCGCCGCUCUGCGGAAUGAUCCUCGCCGACUUCGGCGCCAGCGUGGUGCGGGUGGACCGGACGCCCCGCUCCGCCGUGUCCACCGACGUGCAGGGCCGCGGCAAGCGCUCCUUGGCGCUCGACCUCAAGCGGCCUCCGGGCGCCGCGGCGCUGCGGCGGCUGUGCUGCGCGGCGGACGUGCUCAUCGAGCCCUUCCGCCACGGUGUCAUGGAAAAACUUGGGCUUGGUCCAGAUGUGCUUCUGCAGGAGAAUCCCAGACUCAUCUACGCUAGACUUACUGGUUUUGGCCAGACAGGAAAAUAUGCUGAGUCAGCAGGUCAUGACAUCAAUUUUUUGGCUUUAUCAGGUGUGCUGUCAAAGAUGGGUAGAAAAGAUGAAAAUCCUUAUGCACCCUUAAAUCUCCUAGCUGAUUUUGCUGGUGGAGGUGUCAUGUGUGCACUGGGCAUCAUUACAGCUCUCUAUGAACGUACCAAAUCUGGCAAGGGGCAGAUCAUUGAUGCAAGUAUGGUGGAAGGAGUAGCAUACAUAAGUUCUUUCCUGUGGAAAUCACAGAAUCUGGGACUUUGGAACAGACCUCGAGGUGAGAACAUGCUAGAUAGUGGUGCGCCUUUUUAUGAAACCUACAAGACUUCCGAUGGAAAAUUCGUGGCUGUUGGUGCCAUUGAGCCUCAAUUCUAUGAACAGUUAAUAAAGGGUAAGUAGCUUGGAGCAGUUUUUUCACAUUA